GUGGUUCAGCUGCUCCUCGAGAAUGGGGCUGACAUCACGGUUGCGACUGAGGAUGGAUGGACGCCGCUGAACUCAGCCUCUGAUAGUGGACACGUCGAGGUAGUCAAGCUGCUCCUUGACAAGGGGGCCGACGUCACGGUCCCAAGCAACAACAGAUGGACACCAUUGAAUGCAGCAUCAUCGAAUGGACAUAGUGAAGUGGUCAAGCUGCUC